AUGCCAACAUUUAGUCCAACAAAUAUCAACAGAGAACAGACUUACAAGUUAUUUGGAUCUUUAACAUCCAUAUUCGGCACAAUACAAAAGGAAGGCUACAGACGGAAGAAAUCUAAGUCCGCAGCCAAAGAACUACUGGAAGAACCUAGGGUUCUUGCUACAAUAAAUACCGGGUAUAGAUUGCUCUGCAAUGUUACCUUUCUCAGUAAAGGGGAUUUCUGGACCAGUGCAGCAUGCAGUGAUCUUAUUAAAUGCUUCAACAUUGAAGGUUCACUUAAAAAGACUUUCAGAACUAAGUCUCGGGAAUGUCCAGGUGAUAUAUCUGUGGCAAAUGGUUUAGACUUAAUGUACUGUGACUUGAUAACAAAAACUGUUAAUAAAGUGAAGGAUGAAGAGAUAGAGGAGGUGAUCAGAUUACAGGGCUGGAUACCUCUCAAUCUCUGUGCCACCACCUCUGGUGAUCUCCUGGUUACGAUGUACAGUGAUGAUAAAACGCAAUCAAAAGUUGUCCGUUACUCAGGCUCCACAGAGAAACAAACAAUCCAGUUUGAUGAUGAGGGUAAACCUCUGUAUUCAGGAAAUGGCAGAUGUAAAUACAUCUGCGUCAACAGAAAACUGGAUAUCUGCAUGGCUGACUUGGGAGCUGGUGCUGUAGUUGUUAUCAGUCAAGCUGGUAAACUCAAGUUCAGAUACACUGGUCACCACUCAACUACAAAGAAACUACCAUUUGAGCCAUGGGGAAUCACAACAGACAGUCAAUGUCAGAUCCUGAUUUCAGACAAGGAAAACCAUUGUAUUCACAUCUUAGACCAGGAUGGACAGUUCCUUCGUUUUAUAGAUAACUGUGAUUUGAAAGACCCACAUGGUUUAUGCAUAGACAAAAAAGAUAACCUCUUUGUUGCUGAAUAUUUCUCUGGAAAUGUCAAGAAAAUUAAAUAUGCCAAGUAG